UAACAGCACUCACUGUGUACGCGCACCCGGCAAGGGCAACGCUUUGCAGGGCGGCGCAGCUCAGCCGACCGGAUCCGAGUGCAGAAGGGCGGACUCCUCGAGAGGCCGGCGGUGGCACCAUGGAGAACGGAUUUACGUAUGAAGAUUAUCAGAAUACCGCAAAGUGGCUUCUGUGCCACACCAAGCACCGACCUCAAGUAGCAGUGAUCUGUGGUUCUGGGCUAGGAGAUCUCGCCAAUAAAUUAACUGAGGCCCAGAGCUUUGACUACAGUGAGAUACCAAACUUUUCCCAAAGUACAGUGCCAGGCCACGCCGGUCGACUGGUGUUUGGGUUCCUGAAUGGCAGAGCCUGUGUGAUGAUGCAGGGCAGGUUCCACAUGUAUGAAGGCUACCCACUCUCAAAGGUGACAUUCCCGGUGAGGGUUUUCUCCCUUCUGGGUGUGGACACCCUAGUGGUCACCAAUGCAGCUGGAGGACUCAAUCCCAAGUUUGAGGUUGGAGAUAUCAUGCUGAUCCGCGACCACAUCAACCUUCCUGGUUUCUCUGGUUUUAACCCUCUCAUCGGGCCCAAUGAGGAAAGGUUUGGACUUCGUUUCCCUGCCAUGUCUGAUGCCUAUGACCGGGAUAUGAGGCAGAAGGCUUACAGUGUCUGGAAACAAAUGGGGGAGCAGAGAGAGCUGCAGGAAGGCACCUAUGUGAUGUUGGCAGGCCCCUCCUUUGAGACUGUGGCAGAGUGUCGGCUGCUGCAGAAGCUGGGGGCCGAUGCUGUUGGCAUGAGCACAGUACCAGAAGUUAUAGUUGCAAGGCACUGUGGACUUCGAGUCUUUGGCUUCUCCCUCAUCACUAACAAAGUCAUCCUGGAUUAUGAAACCAAGGAGAAGGCCACUCAUGAGGAAGUAAUAGAGUCUGGGAAGAAUGCUGCAAAGAAACUGGAACAGUUUGUCUCUACUCUUAUGGCCAGUAUUCCACUGCCUGGCAAAGGCAAUUAACCAGCUCUGGAGAGGUCUGGCCUCUUCCUAAUGGGAUCCAAGUAGUAACUAAGUACUUUGGCUCCUUGCUGGGGUCAUGUGCCUCUGCCCUUAAGUAAUAGGAGAAAGGAGUGGAAGAUUUCACCAUUUCUUCCACCAGACCCUUCUGUGCUGGCUCCUCUUUUGCUUGGUUCUCCAAAUAGUUUUUAGCCCUAUUCUUCCCCAAGAGCUAGAGCCCAAGCCCUACCACACAGCCGUAUAUAUGCCUUGGCUGUGAUUUGGACUGUGCGAACUUGCGGCCCAUUACCUACUGCUGUCUCUUUGAGAUAAGAUGAUUUCACAUUCCUGAAGACUUCAGUCUGGCUCACACAAGGGUCAGCUCGCCCAGUCUAAUACCGCUUGUAUUUUAAUACGAUUCAUAUUUUGAGAAUAAAAAAGAUGAAAUCAUU